UCACAUGUUGUUUUUCUCCAGGACCAGAUCAGUGCCUGCUCUGGUGCCAGUGCACUGUUGCUUUUACCGUGACGGGGGCGCGGACACAGUUUAGUGUCUGCGAUGGACUAGAUUAUUAUAAAACGGGUUAUCUGUAAAGUUUUAUUGUUUUUGCUGCAGAAUAAGAGCUUACCUGGAACUUGAAAAGGAGACGCGCAGAGCAAUGGCAAGUCCUCCGGCGACGGGGGGACACCUGUUAUCUAAUGGGACGAACGGUGUGAAGAAGUGCGGAUAUCUGAGGAAGCAGAAACACGGACACAGGCGCUUCUUCGUGCUCCGGGAGCCGGUGGAGCGCUGCCCUGCCCGGCUGGAGUAUUAUGAGAGCGAGAAGAAAUGGAGGAACAAGUCCGCCGCGAAAAGGGUCAUAACUUUGGACUCCUGUCUGUGCGUAAACAAACGGGCCGACGCCAAACACAAGCACCUCAUCGCCCUCUACACCAAGGACGAGUACUUCGCCGUGGCUGCGGACAACGAACAGGAGCAGGAGAGCUGGUUCACGGUUUUGACUGAUCUCAUAGCCGAGGGGAAAGUGUACGACAGCCCCGCGUCCACCUCCUCUCUAGUGGGCUUUGAGGAAGCCAGCUACGGACUCAUUACUCCUGCAACAGCUGUCUACAAGGAGGUAUGGCAGAUCAACUUGAAAUCCAAAGGCUUGGGUCAGACCAAGAACCUCACUGGAGUGUACAGGCUGUGUUUGUCCAGCAGGACCAUCAGCUUCGUCAAACUGAACUCAGAAACAGCUGCUGUCAGUUUGCAGCUCAUGAACAUCAGGAGAUGUGGCCACUCAGACAGCUUCUUCUUCAUAGAGGUGGGUCGCUCAGCGGUCACUGGGCCUGGGGAGUUCUGGAUGCAGGCGGAGGACUCUGUGGUGGCGCAGAACAUCCAUGAGACCAUCCUCGAGGCAAUGAAGGCCAUGAAGGAGCUGUCAGAGUUCAGGCCGAGGAGCAAGAGCCAGUCUGCCAGCACUAACCCAAUCUCUGUGCCCACACGACGCAACCUCAACAACCUCCCCCCGAGUCAGACGGGCCUGGUGAGGAGAUCCAGAACAGAUAGCAUGGCAGCUACAUCCCCAGGGAGGAAGUUCACGUCCUGUCGGAUAAGAACAGCCAGUGAGGGCGAUGGAAGCGUGACCCGACCUGUGUCCAUGUCCAUAUCUGUGAAUGGGAGUCCCACCAGCCCAAACUCUGGGAACCACCUCAUCAGGUCUCACACCCUCAGCAGUGGGCGCACCUGCAGGAUGCUCGAGUCCGCCUCCAACCUGCAUCACAGCCGGUCCAUGCCGGUGUCCAACUCCCCGCCAGGCACCUCCAGCCCCAUCAGCAUGUCACCCCGAGGGGGGGCUGGUGUCUACACUCCUGAUAAAGCCAGGCGACCUUUUAGCUGCAGCGCCUCCAUCUCUGGCUCCCUCAGUGACACUGGCUUCAUGCUGUGUGAUGACUACAGCUCCAGCCCAGGGGAACCCAGAUUCCUCCCCCUGACCCGCAGCGACACCCCUGACUCUCUGUCCAGCACACCUCCAUCCCGUGACAUGAGCGACCCCUGUGGCUAUAUGAUAAUGGAGGGGGCUAAUGGCAGCAGGUCAGGGGCUGGCGGUGACAGCCUGGCGUAUGACAAGGCUUACAGGAAGCGGACACACUCCCUCACCACACCACGUCAACAGAGGGUGGUGGCGCCGCUCUCCUCAGCCUCCCUGGAUGACUACACACUCAUGAGGAUGGCCCAUGGACACAACUCCCACUCCGCCUCUCCCAAAGUGUGUUACCCCGAGGAUUAUGGUGACAUUGAAAUCGGUUCAUCCAGGAGCUCCAGUAGCAACCUCGCAGAUGAUGGCUACAUGCCAAUGACACCAGGUGUAGCCGCUCAGUCUGGCAAGGUAGACAACUACGUGCCCAUGAGCCCAAUGUGUGUCUCAGCACCCAAGCAGAUUGUGAACCCGAGGGUGCAUCCUCAGGCGGCUGCCAGCGGCGGCUACAAGACCAACUCGCCCUGCAGCAGCUCUCUGGAGGACAAUGGCUACAUGAGAAUGUGGUGUGGCUCCAAAUCCUCCAUUGAGAGCCCAGACAGGAAUGGCGAAUACAUGAAUAUGUCACCUGGAAACCCACCUCCACUCCAGACCCCACCUGACUACUACAUGGGCCUGCUGGCUGGUGAAGCUCCAUCAGUGAGGUCAGCAUACCAGGCCGGCUCCCUCACGCUCCCUGCUAAACUUCAAGCCUCCAAGAAUGAGGAGAGCAACCAGUAUGUGUUGAUGAGCCCUCAGAGUUUGAGGCAGAGGCUGGGGGAGUCAGACUAUUAUUCAGUGAUGCAGCCCAGUGCAGCUCAGACCUCACCGCUGAGCCCCUCGGUCCCCUCCCCAAUCAGACACAACCGGGCGGAGAGCCUGGCCUACAGAGGGCGGCUCGGCAGGCCUAACAGGCUCUCCCUGGACACCCUGAGGACCCUGCCCAGCAUGAACGAGCACCCCCUCCCCGGAGAACCUCGAAGCCCUGGAGAAUACAUCAACAUUGACUUCAGCAGCGCCAGAUUCUCCCCGCCCUCCACUGUAUCCACAGAGAGCCAGUCUUCAUCACUGGGCUCCAGCAGUGGGGGCCCCGGGAGGUCCUCUCUGACAGACUACAUGAACCUGGAGCUGGGCUCACACUCACCCAAGGAGGUUGACACCCCUGCUGAGCGCUUGGACACGCUCCCAGAGUUAUCCAUGUGUUCAGAGGAGGACGAAGUGUACCAUCUGGAUGCCGAGAAAGGGCCUCAGGGCCUCGGUGAUGAGGUGAAAAAUGACUACACUGAGAUGACGUUUGGGAUGACCAGCUCGCCUCCGCAGCUUGUUCCUCAGAACACAGCAAGCAGCCAGAGCAGCCGGGAGAGAAGGCUCUCUCUGGAGGACCAGGGAGUCCCACAAGGCAUUGGGGUCUUCCUGCUUGGAGCCACCUCUUCCUCCACGUUGGACCCCGACUGCUCCGCCAAGGUGAUCCGCGCCAAUCCGCAGGGACGUCGGCGCCACAGCUCAGAGACCUUCUCCUCCACUGCCACUGUGACACCAGUCUUCCCCUCCUUUGCCCGUGGCGACAUGGUGAAGAGGCACAGCUCGGUGGAGAACAUCUCGUCCCGGAGCAGCGAGGGCUCAGACGAGGAGUACGGCAGCCCUGUGAACCGGCAGAGCUCUGCCGGCUACGCCAACGGGCUGAACUAUAUUGCCUUGAACCUGCUGGACAACAGGGAUGUGGAGAAAUGCGAGGACCUGGCUGGCUUCAAACCCACCAGCAGCUGCAAAGGGGGUAUCAAUGGAUUACACAGCUCACCAUAUGUCUGUUUGGGAUUCAAGGAGGCUGCAACCACUGCCAAAGACUGAAGGACUCCUGUAUCCUCUGACUUGGCGUCUUCACCGACCUGCUGCUGCUCGAAUUUUUAAAAAGAAUUAACUUUGCCCUUCCACUGGGCUCUGUGUCCCCAAAAGACUGUCUGGACCCUCAGCAACACUCACACACACUUAGGAAACAAGCAGGUCACCAUCUAUGCAUGUAAUGAAUUCGCUGAAGGCAAGACGGGUGUGUUUGUGUACAUGUGUGUGGGCGGGUGAGUGGAUGUGUGUUGUGUAUUGGUGCGUCUCAUGUUCCCUGCGCUUUCAGAGGCCAUUUCUCCUGUGACCCACAUUUUGGCGCAAGCACAGAAGCAAAGAUAGUCAGAUAAUAACAACACUUUAAUGCUACCCAGAUGCUAUUUAUUUACUUGAGGGUAGUUUUAUGACUGCCUGUAUGAGUGUGAGUGCAUUUCUGAGACAAAGUACAACCAACUGGUAUGACAGUGAACAAUGAAACCUUCUAUAGAAAUGGCCCAGGGAGUGAGGGUACCUUGGUACACUGAGUAUAUAAAUAUAUUUAGAUUAGAUAUGUUAUUUAUUUUUGGAAGAUGAAUGUCUGAUAAGACCUACCCAAUGCCUUAAUGUCUAUACUGUCCUUAUGUUUUUCUAUGAAAUAAGAGAUAAAUAUUCUAUUACGGUAUGUCUGUUUGGACCUACAUCUCUAUAUUGUUAUUCUGUUGUGGAAAGUAAAUAGCCUAGCUUACCAUUAAAAUAUUAUUUCAGAAAUGUACAGUACAGUGGGGCUGCUUGAGAUCUGAUUUAUCGUAUUGAUAUUAAAGUAUUUUCUUAAUUA